AACACGGGAACUGUAGCAUUAGGCGAGGCGGGUCAACGAUACGUUUUCGUAGAAUCAACAAACUACUUGCAGUUACCUCGUGAGCAUUACAGUGAAGCGGUACAUUCAGGAGUAACAUUAGUUUCCUCCCUGCAAUUCUUCGUGGUUAAGAUGUUAAACGGUAAAGUUGCGAUUGUGACUGGGGCAGCGCAAGGGUUGGGUAGGAGUUUUUGCGACAUUCUUCUACAAAACGGAGCCAGGGUCGCUUUACUUGAUGUCAAUGAAGUGCUGGGGAAAGAGGUGAAGGAUGAUUUCGAAAAGAAAUAUGGACCAGACAAGACUCAGUUUAUAAAAUGCGAUGUCAGCAAGGACGAGGAUUUCAAAGAUGGGUUUCAAAAGACUGUGGAGAAGUUUAGCGGCGUGGAUAUUGUUUGUAACAAUGCUGGUAUCGUCGAUGAGAAAAACUGGGAGAAGACUAUUUCGAUAAAUCUUGCUGGCGUGGUAAGAGGCACAUACUUGGCGCUUGAUUGUAUGAAGAAGGAGAAUGGUGGUCGAGGUGGCGUCAUCGUUAAUGUGGCAUCAUUGGCAGGUCUGGGUCCUCUGCCACCAGCCCCCAUCUACACUGCCACCAAACACGGUGUGAUGGGAUUCAGCCGCGCCAUGGCCGCGGUCUCAGAGUUGACUGGUGCUGGGGUCAGGAUCAAUAUAUUAUGUCCAUCCUUUGUCAGUACAGACCUCCUCUCCACUUUUCAUCAGGAGGAGAAGACGGGGCAGUUUUUCUGCCUCAAGGAUCUUUCUGCUUCUCUGCUGGAGAAAUAUGGUGUUCUGGAACCAGCUGUCGUAGCCAAAGGCUUGUUCCUGCUGGUGACUGAUGAGAGUAAGAAUGGAGAGGUUCUGCUAAUCAGCAGAGAGCGCGCUGCCUUCGUUGUGUUUCCCAAAGGAACCGGUGAACUGCCAUGUGUCCCUGUCAGCCUGUAGCCACUGGCUAAAACUCUCACCGCACUGCACUCACACCAAACCUAUAUUCACAGCAAUCUCUAUCAACACAGCGGUGUUUAUGUGAUUAUGUAAUGUAGUAACACAAACAGAUGUGACCAGGUACAGAGCGAAUCACACAACAGAAUAUAAUGUAUACAUUUUUUUACUGUUUGCACACUCAUAUCACAAUGAAUGCAAAUUUUGCAUUAAUGAAGUGUGUUAUGUUAAAUGUCAGUGAAACAAAUCAGGGCAAACAUUUCAAAUGGUACCACUUGAUACGACCUGAACUGAUCAGCAUUAUUUUUUGUGUUUGAUAAAUAAAAUGUCUCUGAAGAUCAGCCAUAUGCACAAAAGCCAAUGUAAAUAAUCAGUGAGCAGUAAAAAGGUUCAGUUUUGUGAGAAUUUGAGAUCAAAUAUGUGAAAAGUAGAACUUAACUCUUUCUGUGUUCUUCCACAGUUAUAAUUUUGUUUCCUUUGUACAUUACCCAGAACAGUUUAUGGUGCUGGUGUGGAUGGCUGGUUUGGCAAACUUACAUCAUAAAACAUUUGGCAUGUUGUUUUUAAUGGGAUUAUAAUAACAAUUAUGGUUAAAGAGAAUUGAUGUUUUCGACUUUGAUGAGGUGUGAGUGAUAAGGCUAGGUCAGAGGAAUGCUAAUUGGUCAAAGGUGUCGGCAGUACCUUGUCCCCGCCCUCUUACACAAAGCAACCAUUUUGGCUCUGGUAAAAAAUGCACUGGACUUUCACCCAGUAGGCUUCCUCCUUCACACCUCAGUCAGUUAUUAGAGGGAGGUCGUUGCACUUUUCAUUUCCUCGGCCUACCUACCCCUCACCCCCAGCCCAGGUUUUUGAAGCACACACCUGGCCCGGCAGUAAACUGUGGUACAGGAAAUCAUCCUUCUUCACUGGGCCCAGAUCACCUCCUCACACUAGGCCGUAGGACCUCUCAAAGCCAUGUUAAUUACCGUUCCAUUUAUUAUCAAUAGGAGCAGUGUUGAUAUUCUGCAGGUGGGAGUAGAUGUUGAUGAGAUACAUGAACACUGAGGACGUUAUGACUGUAUUGUUACUCAGAUGGUUGGUCCACUGGAGGGAAGGAAGAGAUGUGAGAGUAUUCUGUUGUCUUAAGAAAAAUGACUGUCCAUGGUAAAUUCUUACCUGACUCUUUUCCUUUGGAAAACUGUAUGGUAUGUGUGAUUGUAAGGCUACUAAAACUAUAAAACUGA